AUUGGAUGUCACCAUGGGCCCACAGUCGUCCCCUAGGGAAGCCAUAAAAGCCGUGGGCACCUGCCUACCUCGGGGCACAGAGACACCGCUGCCUCAGCCACCCCCAGGAGUGAGCAGCACCAGCCCGUCUGGGCCCAAGACCACCUGGGAGGAGGUUGGAGAAUCCUGUCUUCCUAGGACACACGAUCCGGAGUUUCCGCUCAGUCUAGACCACAGCAUGCCCGGGGCCAAGCAAGAGAGCGUGUUACAGGCCACGACCAGCUGGUGAUGGACUGCGACCCUGGGACUGUGGAAUGCGCUGGAAUAUAGAUUGGCCGUGAUCAUUGACAUUUUGCAGGAGACAGACAUUUUUACCCACAGUUGUACCAGCGCUAAGCAGACAAGCCACGGGAGAUCCUGGCCUCCUGCUUCUCAGUCUGGUGCGUCCCCCUCUGAACCUUGACAUUCAAGACCGUAGCAGUGUCUUCUGGUGGUUGAAUUGGAAAAUAUGCAUUUCUGGAGAAACUUUGUGGUUAUUAGACCAAGGCAACCACCAAGUAUACCUCUCCUACAUUUUCAUGUUCCGUUCAAGAUCUUGAUCUUGAAUCCUCAUGAGCUUUAGCUAGUCUAUGACUGCAUUGCCAUAGACAUUCUUCUGAUGCCCACCAAACUCUGUGCUUGGAACCUUCCAGAGGAGAAUGGACAAGUUUCCUUGGUUCCUUGUAGCUUCCCGGGGGAAGGUGCUCCUGUGGCCAGAAGGGAGGAGGAAAGUGAAAAUCCCCAAAGGAGCAGGGAGAGAAAGAAGGGCAUUCUUGGGACUCCAGAGGUGGCACAGGGCUCCCUGUGGGUGGCACUCAGUGCAGGCUAUCAGAUGACACGUCACACAUUAGGAUUGGCUUCCUAUGUGCGUGUGGCCAUUCUGUGUAAGCCGAGGGCACUUGUCACAGGGUAUACAGGUGUGUGCGCGUGUGUGUAUUUAGAGUCUGAAUUCCACGUGGAUCAGGGAAGGAGGGGUCCCUGAAAGCUUGCGAAGUGCCCACUCUGUGCCCAGCCCUGAGCUGGGACCAGCAGGGGCUGCACAGGAAGGAGGGUCACAGCCCGAGGAGACGUUUCUAAGACUGAGAGCCUUUCAGAGACUCUGAGGUCACUGUGCCAGCUUAGGGGUCUGGGCCUUGAGCUGCAGGCUCACGGAAGGGGGGGCUCCCUGGGGUGGCCUCAUCAGGCCUGGAGAAGGAUGCUGGCCCUGAUUCCUCCCCAUUGGGUGCUCCCCUGGACCUGCAAGGAGUUUCUGAGCCCAGCUGGCCUUGUGCUUUUGGGGGUGUGACGGGAGGGGUGGCUCAGGUCUCGGGCGCUGUGGGCGAGUAGGGGUCUCACCCCUGGAAGUAUCUGUGGCAUCUGUGGCACAGCUGGGAUGGGUAGAAGGGUGCAUGGUUCUGGUGGGGGGGAGCGGGUCUCAGCCGGUCCCCGUCCCCGGUGGCUGUGCUCCCUCUGUGCCCUUCAUUUUCUGACCAGCCGUAGGAGCAGAACCUAAAGAAACUGAACAAGGAAGCAGCAGGCACAAAGAAAAGCAGAAGUGGAAACCUUGGAGACUUGGCCCUCCUCCUUGAAGGGGCCUGAAGCCGCCUGGCACUGCCAUGGGUGACAUCUGUGCGGAGAAGAUGAGGUGGCCGGACCAGGCCGUGUGGCUGCUGUUGGCUCUGCUGCUUCUCUGGGUCCCAGGCUGUUCCUCUAUAAGUGGCCCCACCUCCAUGACGGGCACCUUGGGGAGUUCUCUGAGCGUGCAGUGUUCAUAUGAAGAGCAAUUAAGAGAACAUUUCAAAUACUGGUGCAAAAACCCAUGUUUUUGGAAAACUGUGAAGACCAAACAGUCAAGCAAAGAAGUGAGGAACGGCCGCGUAUCCAUCAGAGACCAUCCUGCAAACCUCACCUUCAUAGUGACCUUGGAGAACCUCACAGAGGAUGAUGCAGGAACAUACCGAUGUGGGAUCGAUACGUCCUGGUUAGAAGGAUAUUUGCAAGACCCCGCCGUCCACAUUGUGGUGUCUGUGAUCCCAGCAACAACGUCCGCCCCACCCGCAAACAUCACUGUAACCCAGAUCUCAACAAUCACAGCUGGAAUCACGACCAUACCGUCCUCAUCCUCACCCACUGUCCCCAUCACCAUGGGAGCCACCCACAGUGCAAGCAGCCAAGAGGAGUUCCAGCAAAGCCAGGGCGUGGGGCUCCAAGUACUCCUUUCCUUGUUGGCGCUUCUGCUGCUUCUGCUGGGGGGAAGCUUGUUCCUGGCCUGGAGGAUAGUUCGCAAGCAGGUCAAAGCUGGUGAGAAUCCAAAGCCACUCCGGACCCAUAGUCAGAAUACUCUGCAAGGUGAGCUCUAUUAUGCGAAUCUGGAGCUGCAGACAAGGACACUUCAGGGAGAGCCCACGCAGCCGAGACAGGAAGAGGUAGAAUACAGCACUGUGCUGUGUGUGGAGCGCAGAGGCUCAGUCCUGUGUGGCUCCAGGAAAAGAUGUGACCCAUGUAGGAUGGUACCUCUGAAUACCUGUGGUAUUGUGGAAGUGUGUGGGAUUGCCACGGCAUGGGGAGCACUGGCAGAGAGACUGGGAGAAGGCAAAGGCCCUGAUGAUCGAGUCUCCCUGGUUUCAGAGACAAGGACCCUGAGGCCCAGAGAGAGCAGAAGCUUGCCCAUGGCUCCAGAGCCAGUGGCACAUUUCUCUGGACUCUUGGAUGACUUUAUUUUUAAUAUUAAGACAUAUCAAUAAAGUGCAAAAUCUCUUGAGAGAGAAGAAAAAAGUUAUUUAAGCAAUGCGUGCUAUGUGUCUGCAAUCCUCUAUUAAAGAAAGCUCCUUCCUUUUGAAGGCUGAAUAGUAUUCCAUUGUGAGUGUAUAUUGCACUCUGCUUAUCUUUUUAUCCGCUGAUGGACACUUGGUUUGUUUCUGUGUUUUAGCUAUUGUGAGUAUGUUGCUAGGAACAUAGUGUAUAAAUAUCUCUUUGAAACUCG